CUCCCUCCUUGUCUUAAAUAGUCACUCGUGGGGGACUAUAGAACUGGCUGUCAACAUUCCGUUGGAGAUCUUUUGGUGUUUUCAUCCUCAACUUCACGAAUCCCGGUCAUUUUCUCUCGUGUUCUCUUAUCGACUCAGUCAUCAAAGAACCCAAACCCACAAUUUCAUCCGACCCUACUAUCCAACAAUAUUCCCAGUCAAGGAAGGAGAUACCAUGGCCACCUCGAUUUUGAACAAGAUGGGGGAGGAACAUCAUCAGGAGUGCGAUUUUAGGCCCGAGACAUGGAAGCCCCAAAAGGGCGAGAUUGCGUGGCUUCCGUCCCAGAAAGUUUACGUCGAAAGGCUGCAAGUCAACUGCUUUUCAUCAGACAUGCAAGCUCUCCUGAAUACCCUCGAGCUUGUCUCCCAAAACCCCAAGGCAUUCGACCACCCAGUGGUUGUUUCUUCAGUCCGACACGAUAAGCUCGACCCUAAGAAAAUUCAUGUCAAGUUUCAUCCGAUUUCGUCUUUUCAGGGAAGGUCGUUGUCUGACAAAUUCCCCAGCGACCAUCCGCGCUCCCGUGAGGCCCGGGAACGUCUAAUGCUUCAAUACGUAGCGCUUUCCCCGGCACCACCACACCCGGUAACGGGAAAGGUCUUGUCGUUUGAAGAGGACAAGGAGAUGGACAAGGGGUCUUACGUUAAGCUCUUGGAGGAAUACGAAUGCCUCAGCGAUGGUUUGCGACCGUUUAUUGGCUGCGGUCAAGGAGGCGGUCUAGUGUUAACCAAGGAAUGCAUCGAGGAGCCAGGGUUGGGAUUAGUACUACUCUAGUCUAGUAUUUGACCGGUACUAGUACUAGAGGUCUAGUAUUACUACUAGACCUAGUACUAGUACUAAUUAGUACUCUAGUAUUUAGUACUACUAGAGUAUUUUUAGUAUAUAAAAUAUACUAGAAAACGAGCUGGUUUUAAUACUAUUAACGGUUUUUAAAAA